AUGAUAUUUGGAAAAGCUUCCCCACCGGAACACCAACUUCGCCAGUCUGCUUUUCUUGCUGUAACCAUUUCAACUGUUGCUGUAAUCACUUCUAUUAUUACUUUGCCAAUGCUGUAUUCAUUUAUUAUUAUCUUCCAAAGUCACCUGUUCCGUGAAAUAGAGUACUGUAAGGCACGAACAAGGGAUAUAAAUAUAGAAUUUUCAUUGCUAAGCAAUAAAGCCAGUGACAUCUCAAAUGACAGAAUGAAACGACAACAUAGCAAUUAUGGGAUCAAUUCAAAUGGACCUUCUAUCUUUGAUCAAUAUCCACAGCUAUCUCUUAAUACAAACCAUAAGUUAUCUUCACGAAGUUUUUGCUCGUGUCAACAAGGAUCAGUGGGUCAAUCAGGAGCUCCAGGUGAUAAUGGUUCUCCGGGUGUCGAUGGUAUGCCUGGUACAGAUGGUAACAACGGACGAGAUGCGAAAAUACUUGUUGUGUUAGAAAAGGAGAGUGGUUGUUUCGUCUGUCCACAAGGACCACGUGGAGUACCAGGGAUGCCCGGUUUUAAAGGACUUAAAGGAGCAAAAGGAUCAUUGGGCAAAAACGGUACAGAUGGUGAAGAUGGACGAAUAGGACUGCAAGGGGCGAGAGGUCCUGCUGGUGAUAUAGGGAAAAUUGGUCCUAAAGGUGUAUAUGGCAAGCCGGGUAGUUUAAUCAAAGUAGGGACAUCUCAAGGACGCGGCUUCAAAGGAAGAAAUGGCCCAUCAGGAGGUUACGGACCGCGAGGUAAACCAGGCUGCAAUGGAAAGUCAUCAGAUGGACCGGUUGGUCCACGUGGCAUUCCUGGUUUAGAAGGCAAGCCUGGAACAUCAGGGACCGUUGGACCACCAGGAGCGCGAGGUAGAAUGGGCGAAAAUGGAAAUUGCCGACUAUGUUCGAAGCUACAACUGCUGCCUGGUUACUAG